CGGCGCGGGCAGGUGCCACGGGCUGCGGGCAGGUGGAGUCGCGGCGGGCCGGCGGCGGCGGCGGCUCUAGGACCUGCUCGAAACUCAGCCUGCUAGGACGAGCCUCCCCUCCCCCGCCGACUUCUGCCAUGGGAGUGUGCGGACAGCCCCGUUGGAGAUGAGACACGAUACCGCUGGCUUUCUCCGGCAGUCACCGCGUCCCCAGCCAGGACCUGCCAGCUCGGUGGUUGCCUCUCUGUUUCUGAUGUUCGUCUUCCCCAUGGAUCCACAGCCGUAACCAUGGUGACGCGGGUGGAGGUCGGCUCCAUAAGUUCUCUGACAGGAGUGCCAGGCCUGGGCGAGCUCUCCAAGGAGGAAGCUCUGACUCGGACCUUCUUCCGCCAGGCUGGCAACGCCUCCGGGGCCCCCUCAGCGCUGCUCUUGGAAGGAAAAAGCCCCCUCAGGAGCCCAGUCCGCUUGCUUCCUCUGCGGAGGCUCGCCCCCAAGCCCUUCUCCAAGGAGAAGGCCGGGGACGUGGCCUCCUCGUGGCCCAGCCUGAGCAGGCCGUCCCCUACCCGGGGGCUCCCCCGGGACGUGCCGGCAGAGGGGCUGGACGAGAAGAUGCCCGGCUUGGUGGGGCAGGAGGCGGGGAGCGGGGACGGCCCGAGCAGCUCGUCUCUGUUCUCCAAGGCCGCGGCUCUGCGGCCUAGCCCCGGCACCAUGAUCCUCUUUGAAACCACCAAAGCCGGGCCUACCCUGGGGAAGGGGGUCGGCCGGGGGGCUCCGGAGGCCGACGCAGGCGUGUCUCAGGGGCCCCCUUCUGCCUCCCGGCCUGAGGUGGCCACCAAGCCCGCCUUGCCGGCCCGAAAGCCUGCGGGGACUCUUCCCCGACCGGCCUCCCUGUCUCAGGUCACCAGGCCGGUGGCCACCCAAGAGGAGACAGGCCUAAAGGAGCCUCUGUCAAAGGCCAGCAGUGUGGAGGACACGGGUAGCCCCGCUCUGGAGCCCAGGCCUCGCCUGAAGAGAAGGCCCGUGUCGGCCAUUUUCAUCGAGUCCGUUCAGCCUCAGAAGCCAGCAGGCCCUGGCGGGGCAGCCGUGGCGGGGAAGGCGCCCCCCACCCCUCCUGAGAAGACGUGGGUGAGGAGGCCUAGGCCUCUGUCCGUGGACCUCACGGCCAGGUUCGAGAGUAGAGAGGCCUUGGCGAGGAAGGUGGCGGACGUGGCCAUAGCAGGAUCUACGGCCCAGUGGCGGGGUCCCGAGAGGCCUGACCUGGACCCCAAAGUGGAUGGGGAGUGUCUGGUCAAAGCAGAGGCUCCCCUUCACGACCCGGAUUCCGACUUCCUGCAGGUGGUCAGGAAGAUCCAGGAACGGAAGGAGAAGCUGCUGCUCUGCAAGCAGGUGGAGAUGGGCAACCUCAGAACCACGGGGGGCUCGGCCAGGGUCACCCCCGUCAAUGACCAGAAUCUUGGGGACGAGAAAGCCAAGCUGGAUGGGGAGCCGGAGAAGGCACCCAGGGCCCCCCAGUCCCCUUCGCCCAGGCCUGGAAAAGGCCAAGAAAUCGCUGAGGUCAAGAGCAGAGCAGCUGAUGGGGAAACCCAGGCAGGGGGAGAGCGGACCCCGAGGGGCGGCGUGAAGAAGCACGUCAGCCUCUUUGGCGAGGAGAGCGCCUCGGCCUUGUCACUGGGGUCUUCACCCCCGUCAGCGCCCCCUGAGUCCCCACCGGCUGCACCGGAGCGGGGGAAAGCCGGUGUGAGCGUCCAGGAGCGGAUCAAAGGCUGGGCCACCGAGAGCUCGGAAGCAAAGCCAGAGAUCAGGAAGAAGGUGGUCCAGGCACGGCCGCUGUCAGCGGAUUUGACCAAACUGUUUUCAAGUGCAGCUUCAAGCAACGAAGUCACAUGUGAGAAGUGUUCUGAGCGGAGCAGUGAGCCUCCUAAAGAACCAAGAGAAAAGCAAAAGGAAGGGCAUGGUGUGGAUGGAGCAUCUGUCCCAAGAAGCCCCUGGAAGCCUGCGACGCCCCGGGAGAAAUCCAGGCAGACAGAGCGGAAAGACAGUUCUGACCAAGUCCCUGGCAGCGGUUGGAGCGAAAGUGUGGUGGGACCUCUGAGCCCUUCUGCCAGCACCCCGGAUGAUGACGGAAGCUUCCAGACUGUGUGGGCCACAGUGUUCGAACAUCACGUGGAGAAGCACACCGUGGCUGAGCUGUCAGGACACUGUCCCGCAGCCAUGGCCCCCAGGGACAUGGCCGAUGUCUUGGAGCUCAGAUCCAGGUUCCUUGGGUCAAGAAGCUCUUUCCCGCAAACCACAUACCUGAAGAAAGAGUGGUUGGAAAAUCCCGACCCAAAGAAAUCUGGGCGGACCGCCUUCUCCAACGGUGAGCCCAAACAGCAUCAUACGUCUUCUGUCCUGGGAAGAUACCCUGUGGGUGAAAAGCGCAGUAAUAACCCCUGCCUCAAGCUCUUGGAAAGCCCUCCCGCAUCCGAGAGGGUCGAGCCCAGGUAUGACAUCAUGCACGCAGUCGGGGAGCGUGCGCACAGUGAGGCCGUCCCCACGGUGCCCGAGGAGAAGGCUGUGACGCUCCGGAGCAGCCAGUCUCGGCUCUCGCUGUCCCAGGAGGUCACCCCUGCCGUGACCCCUGCUGAGCCCGAGUGCAGGCUGGAAGGCCAGGUCGGGUCCGUCCAAAGGGCCAGUUUGAUCUGGGAAGCUCGAGGGACGCGUGAGGUCGGCGGGCCAAAGCCUGAGUUCCACCGAGAGCUAAAGGACACGUCUGGAGGCAAUUGCCUGUCACCCAGAUGGACAGGUGGGGUGGCCAUCAGCUGGCAGAAAGCCGCUGUGGGGGUCAGUGAGGAGAGAGGCUCGGAACCAAGCCCCGAGGCCACCUCUGCGAGGACCAUCCAGGCGGCCAUGCAGGAGGCCCAGCACCAGGGGAUCGAAGGGGCUGGAAUAAAGCCAGGGGAAAGGGGUCCCCCCCAGGGGGGCCCUCUGGAGCCUCCUUCCAGGGCUAAGGGCGAGGCCUCUGACUUUCGAGCCCGGCCACAGGCAGACGCGCUGCUGCAGAAGGGGCCGCUCGCCGUGGCUGGCGGCCAGGGUGGAGCGAGGCCGGCCCGGGUGCCGGAGCCCGAAGCCAGGACGCGGAAGGCGAGCCCCAGUGACCAGAGGAUGGAGAGGUGGAGGCGGCGGACGUUACCCCACGACGUGAAGUUUGAUGAAUUCAGCUUCCUGGUCCCAGAGCACUCUUCCAAGGCAGAGCAGAGACAGACGGGUUAUUUGACCCGCACCGCAGGUGCCUUAGGAAAACCCCAACUAGCCCACGGUUGGGAGGAGCCCCAGCAGGGGAACCCGGGCGUGUCACAGGUUCUUUCAGCGGCAAAGCAAGGGUCAUCUGUGGAUCCCAAGGCGACCUUUUUUGCAGUGACAUAUCAGAUUCCCGACACUCAAAAAGCAAAGAGCGUUGUUAAGCCUGGGCCUGAAAACUUGAUGGAACAUUCUAGAAAAAUAGCCCCACCUCCAUCGCCUCAUCUUUUAACAUCUACCUUGGUUUCUCUGAACCGUGAAGAGCUGCUGGAGACCAUGGGCAGUAAAAACCAGGCUCCAGGCAGAGAGCAUGACAGCGCGAGCUUUCCAAACACUCCGAGGCCGGCGUCUCUUGGGGACAGGAUUCUGGGUCCUCCCAGCGAGAGAAUCUCCGAUGGCGACGCUUUAUGGGUUCGUCGGGGACCGGAAGACAGCAUUGGUUUUCACAGCGACUGGAAGGACAGUGGGAACAAGACGUCCCCCCGUGGUGCUCCCAAAACACCUCCGGCUCUCAAAAGUCACCCGAAAGCCACCCAUCUCCUGGUCAGAAGGAAGACGGAGGUGGUCAGCGAGACGUUCCCAGGUAAAAUCAAGGACGGCUACAGGUCCAGCGUCCUUGACAUUGACGCCCUGAUGGCUGAGUAUCAGAGACAGCCGGCCGCAGGCCCCAGGGAGGCUCAGGAGCUGACAGUGUGGCCGCCCGCAGAGCCCAGGGGCUCGAAUCCUGAGAGGCCCGGCCAGCAAGGCGAGGUGGAUCGGAGACGGAGGAGCCUGAAGGAGGGCCCUGAAAUUGAGGACCCCUGGAAACAAGCCAGUUUCACCGAAACAAACCCCAGUUCUACCCCCUGCUCGGGCAAGCAACUGGCAGAGACCCCGGGGGCAGCCACGAACACCAAGGUCAGCCCUCCUCUGUGGGCUCUGCCGCACUCAGCUCCUCCUGAGAAAUAUCCAGGGGCCUCUUCUGGCCCUGCAGGUCCCAGUAAAAAAGGCUCGGGAGUCACCGAGGAUGAAAAAAAGGCCUUUAUCAGUAAAUAUCACAGUGCAAAGUGCCAGCAUCCCCUGGCUGAGUCAAAGCCCACCACCUCCUGGGAGGAUCCGGGCAGUGGGGCCACCAUGCCACCCAGGUCCUCCCCCACUGACCAGAAGAAAGGGCCCCCAAGGAAAUCCCUCGGGAGGGGAGAGGAGGGCAGUGUGACCCAAUGGGGCAACCACCCAUGGGACUGUGGAAGGUUACUGCUGGAUGUCAAGAGGGCCCAUUCGGAGAAAGGCCCCCCUCUCAAAAUCCGAGAGGGCCUGUCCAUCAUGCAGGAAGCCAGAGAGAGGAGGCAAGAGCAGCACAAAGGGAGGUCCAGCCUCCCCAGGGAGAGUUCAGAGGCCAAAGACAUCAAGACGGGGCUCUGUCGGCAGGAGUCGGGGAAUCGAGACAGUCAAAAGGGAAGAGUUUGCUCCUGGCAUCUACUGGGUGGAGACCGGGGGUGCUCCACAACAUCCUACAGCGCAGCCCCCAACACAGAGAAUCAUGGAGCCCCAAACGUAUGUAGAUCUGAGGCUGGGGUACCCUGGCCCAGACACAGAUGGGUAAAUGCAUACUGUUCUGUGGAAACAUGGCGGCAUUCUUCAGAAAAUCUCACAACUUGCUUUGUUUUUUCUGUCGUGUAUUUAAAAUUUUUUAAAAAAUUUUUUGUAAAAUUUUUAAAGAUUACUUGCCAUUUACAGUUAUUACAAAAUAUUGGCUAUAGGAGGGAGGAUGCCCUCCAGGACAAUGAGCCGCUGCUCCAGCAGGUGAUCCCUGUGGCCGUGGGUCCCCGGAGAAGCCACAGCUUCUGCAAGGACAAGAGGAGCGGGCCCCUCGUGUCCAACUCUCUCAUUAUGAACGGGGAAACUGAGGCCCCGAGAGAGGGCCUGACGUAG